CAUUUUUUUUUUAAAGGCACCCUAAUUUUCUUUCUCCGCGCGAAACACAGGCCGGAAAGAGGAAAUUGUUGCCGCCGGUGUUUGCCGGCAAGUGAAGUCAUGGCAGAAUCAGUAAAGGGAACGGUGACGUCACUAUCCUCACUGUUUCCGGUGGAAGAAGCACAGAAAGCAGCGAAGCGUGUGGAGGAAACUAUAUCGGAGCGGCAGAAGCAGCUGGACCAGCUCCGAGAUUUUGCCGCCGACAACAAUACUCUUAUUAACCUUGUUCAGCGACUCCCCGAUGAGCUCCAUCAUGAUAUCAUGGUUCCGUUUGGUAAAGCUGCAUUUUUUCCUGGUCGAUUGAUUCACACCAAUGAAUUUCUGGUUCUUCUAGGAGAGGGUCAUUAUGCUGAGAGGACAGCGAAGCAAACAGUUGAGAUAAUGAACAGAAGAGGGAAGGCAUUGGAGGUCCAAGUGGAGUCUGUAAAGGCUUUAAUGCAAGACCUUAAGGCUGAGGCCUCAUUUUUUUGUGCUACAGCUUCUGAGGCAGCGGAGGGUCUUGUGGAGAUAAGAGAAGACUAUGUUGAGGAAACUUCUCCUAAAGAGGCAUCUAUGAUAGGUAUCGUGGAACCCGAGCUUCCUAGUUCUUCUCAAGCUAAAGGUGUAUCUCAUGUUAAAGAUAAGGAAUAUGAUCGCAUAUUUUCCCGACUUGCUGAACUCGAAAAGGAAGAAGAAGAAGCUGAAAAUGCCAAUCAAGAAGAGCUAGGUAGUGAUGACUCGGAUGUCAGCCCAGGUCAUGUUAUCUUAGAAGAAGAAAUGAAAAGUUUAGAGCUCAAGGAAAGAGGUGAAUCUUCAAGAUUUCAGUCCCUUGAAAAGUUUCCUGAUCACUGGCAUGUUGAAGGUUCAAAAGCAACAUCUAAAGAUCGCAUUGUACCAGAAAACUGCUUACCUGGGAAUCUAGCUUAUGGAAAAUUCAAUUUGACUGAGAGUGCUCCCAUGGAACCUCAAGCGAAAGAGGAUGUUGAGGCUCCUGUUAUAGCUGAAACCAAAGCUGAUGCUCGUCCCUCUGAACCACAAUUCGACAGCAGUAAGGCUUUUACUGGUAGUAUCGUAGAACACAAUAGUGAUGUUAAUUCAAAGGUGCAAUCUGUCAGUCGCAGCUCGAAGCCAGUAUCAAGGUUCAAGAUGCAGAGAAAGUAGCUGCAAUUAGUAGAUUGUCAGCUCAGCCUCAAGAUGUAGAGAAAGUAGAAUUGGAAGGGGAACUACUUAUAUUCCAAAACAAUCU